AUGAUGGUGAUUACGGUUCUUAUGCCGAAAGCUCUGAAGACCUCGCGCAAAGUGAGAAGAGACGAAGCCGCGGCCGGCGUGAGCCAAGGCUGCGUGGCGCUAGGCCUCUUUCUGCUGCGCUGGCCCCAGGCGGUGGAGGAGGAUCGCCGGGCCUUUGUGGGCGGCUACUCGGACUGGAGCCGGGCGCUGAUCGACAUCCUUGAGCUGUCAGCAGUUGUCUGGGGCUUCCUGGGGGCCAUGGGUGCCCUGUACAUGAAGGAGAGCUUCCUCCGUGCUUUCUUCUACUACGAGGUGGCUCGUGUGGCUGCCUGGCUGCUGACAUACCUCCUUGAUGCGCCCCUCCUUGUAAACUGCGAGCUGGGGCGAGACGACCCCAGCGCUUUCGUGGCCAGGUUUGGCCCCAACAAGGCCGUUCUCAACAUCGCCGCGGAUGGGAGCUGCGAUGACGAACGCGCUUUCUUUGCGCUGCUCUCCCCGCUGUGCCUGCUCUUCUUCCUUCAGUUCCUCUUCGCAACGCAGAAAUUGUUGGCAGACUUCGAAGACGACCCUCGCUACUUGCUGAACAUUCCCAAGGAGGGUCCUACGGGGGCCUUCCUUUCGAGGAGCAUGGCAUCGGGCGCCGACAUUGCAGAGCAAUUUGCGCAGACUGGACUGCCUGCUGGAGGGCCGCCGGCCACGGUUGCCACGCCGUUGAUGGCAGCGCCCCACGGCGGCAUGAGGCCGGCCCUGGCAUUGGAGAACCUUGCCGCGCCUGGGGUCUGA